CUCGAAGCAAGGGAUUCAGGAGAACUUUCCUCUCAAAUAGAAUGUGAUCCUAAACAGCAAACUUUUGCAAUCACAGUGACAAUUGAGAAGGAAAUGCAAAAGGAGAUCCCAAAUCCAGAAGAAAUACAAGAAGAAAGAAACACGGAGUUCCAGCUAGUCAAAGAAGAGAAUGAACCGAGUUUCAAGGUCCAAUAUCUGACCUUAUCAUCCUUUGAGGUAUCUCCAUCAUCCCUGGACUCUUUAAGAGAAACUCAUAAACUUGAAAAGGACAAUGGCAUUUCUGAAAUCUCCUUCAAAAUUGAGGGAUCGAAAAACUUCUCAUUCACCAUGCUAAACGAUAAUUUCUUCCCCUUCCUCCCACCACAUGAAUCAAUAAAAAUCUGGAUAUUUGAUCCUGGAAAGAUUUCCAAAGUGAAGAGUCGAGAAAUUUAUCAUUCCUAUGAAGGUCCUAGGAGUGAAAGUGUGAAGAAGAUAAACUAUCACGAUCCAAGUUUAAAUGACUGAACACAAUGAUGGCGUCGUGCAGCGACGUUAAAUAAGGCGCUUCUUGGGAGGCAACCCAUGUAAGGUACGUUUACUUUUUAUUCUAGUUUAAGUUUACACUUCAAAAAAAAAAAAAAAAAAAAAGAGGCCUGGGGAUUGAACCCGGCCCGGUAUAAAACCCAACCCGGUCGGGCCCCUUCAUAAAACACAGCACCCGGCCGAAUCACCCGGGCGAGGCAGUUGUGGAAUAGAGGAAAAAUGAACAUACCCGACCGGGUAACUUCAAUACACCCGGCCGGGCAUGUUCAUUAAAAACAUUCUGGAUAAGCGGGAGUUAGGCCCGACCGGGUCAACUUACCCCACCCGGCCGGGUCGUCGCGAAUUAUUUCACCGACUGAGCUGGCCACCCUCUUCCUCACUUCCUCUUCUGCAAACACGAACCAAACUCCGCCAAAACACCAUUUUCAAACUCCAUAUAUUUGAAUCCUCUCC